UCAUUUUCUGAGAAAUGAAAGUUCAUCUGUCCAGCCCAGCCUCUUUCCUACAUCAUCCAGAACAGCACCGGUUAACAGCUGAUACCAACCGCAAAAACAUGGAGGAAGAAAUAUGUAAAUACAUCGUUAUGGGUGCAGGAGGUGUAGCUACUGUGGCUCUGACUCCUGCUCUUCUGGCUGCACUUGGCUUCACCACAACCGGAAUAGCAGCGGGCUCCAUUGCUGCAAAGAUGAUGUCUUCGUUUACCGUUUUCUAUGGAGGGGGGAUUCCAGCUGGAGGCCUGGUGGCAACCUUACAGUCUAUUGGUAUGACAGGACUAGGAUGGUUUGGAACUGGAGCUGUGGCUGGUGCUGGAAGUACAGUUGGCUGGAUGGUAUCAAAGAUUUGUAAUGUAAAUGUAACGGUGCAAGACAAUCCCUAGAAUGGAAAGGAACAUAUUUUCUCAUCUCCAGCAAAUUUACAAAUCCUGUUGUAUCCUGUAUAAUACACCAUAAUCAUGUCUCAAUUUAUUAGAUUCAGGAUUUAACAUAAGAAUGAUCUAAUACAACUGAAAGAAACGUAUUUUUUUAUUUUGUGUUAGGUGUCGGUCUUGCUGUUAGUAUUUUCUAAAUUAUGAGAUUAUGCUGCUUCUGCUCAUCCUUCUGUAAAGGCAAAAAAAUAAAGUUUGAAGCUUUGUAUAUUCUGUUGGGAAGAUACAAUAUGUAUAACUGCUCACAUUUGUGCUCAAUAAAUCAAUCAAUAUAAA